GGCGCCGCCGUCAGUUGUCAGUGCGAGCAAGAAAACAGCGAAGACAGGGAUUUUCUGGCAAAUGAGAAAAUUUGUGGAAAAUGCCCUUUGAGAACUCAAGUAAGACGGGCGUGAAGUCAAAGCGGAGCCCUCGGCUGUCCAGUCUCGCGGAGGACAUUCUACCCACGGACGAUGCACCGUUUCGGGCGCGCCUUCACCAGCUCUUCUCGCAGAUUGAGAAGGAGUUCGAGGCGCUCUACCUGGAGAACCUGAGCCUGCAGGAAAAGCUGGACGCUAUGGGGGCGAGAGGAGGCGAAGGCGCAGGUGCUGAGAGGAGUCCAGGCGGAGAGUUGCUGGACAGCGAUCUGGCCACGGGGAAGAGCUUGAAGGCGAAGUUCGGCGCCGUGGCGGGGAGCAAGGUGAAGGCGAGUCACAAGCUGAGGGCGCAGACCAGCAAGAUCGUGUCCAGCUUCAAGGCGCAGAGCGUUGUGUGCAGCAUAGUGAGGGAUUACUGUGGUCACAAGGAUGGGGUGUGGCAGGUGGCGGCCAAAGGUGGACAGCCCAUCAUCGGCACAGCCUCCGCUGACCACACGGCGUGCAUCUGGGGCGUGGACAGCGGACGCUGUCUGCUGCAGUAUCAGGGCCAUGGCGGCUCAGUGAACAGCCUGAAGUUCCACCAGAGCCGCGAUCUCGUGCUCACGGGCAGCGGCGACGGCACAGCGCACAUCUGGCAGGCGGCCGUGAACUGGGAGGUGCCCACGCGCAAGGGUCACUCGUCCGAGGAGGAGUUGGAUGAGGACGAGGAGCCCGUGGAGGAGAGGGAUCGUGUUGAUGUACUUAGAACGCCCGUGUGUGAGUUCUCCGGGCCCGGCGGUCACACUUCAGUUAUCGUGGCGGCUGACUGGCUGCCCGGCGGCGAUCAGAUCAUCACGGCGAGCUGGGACAGGAGCGCCAUUCUCUGGGAUGUGGAGACGAAGGAGCCGCUGCAGCCGCUCACGGGGCACGAUCACGAGCUGACGCACGCGUGUGCUCAUCAGACACAGCGACUCGUGGUCACGGCGUCCAGGGACAGCACAUUCCGCCUGUGGGACUUCAGGGAGCAAAUCCCGGCAGUGUCUGUGUUCCAGGGCCACACGGAGAGUGUCACGUCCACGGUGUUCACGCGCGAUGACAAGGUGGUGUCCGGCUCUGAUGAUCGCACAGUGAAGGUGUGGGAAUUGCGCAACAUGCGAUCCGCCUUGACCACCAUCCGGACGGACUCGGCGGUGAACAGACUGGCCGUUUCGCCCAACGGAGUCAUCGCCAUCCCGCAUGACAAUCGUCACAUUCGCCUCUUCGAUCUCAAUGGACAGCGCGUGGCCAGAUUGCCAAGAACUAGUCGACAGGGUCACCGGCGGAUGGUGUCGUCCGUUUGCUGGGCGCCUGAGGAACCAAAUACGAGCUGCAAUCUCUACUCCUGUGGCUUCGACCGGCGCGUCCUCGGCUGGGCCAUCAGUCUGCCCAAGGAGAGUGCGUAG